CAUAUCGCUAUGUUUGUCUUCGACUCAAGUCACUCAAUAAUCACCAUGAAUAACACUAAGCCAUCAAUUCUGUUCUCAUUCAUCUCUUUGUUCCUUCUCUUGUCGGCUGUUGCUAAAAGUGAUGGGGAACCAGUCAAGGACAGUAACGGAAAGCCACUUAAAAUACAGACCAAAUACUUCAUCCAACCAGCUUCAGGUAAGAAUGGAGGGGGUCUUGUCCCAGCAAGCGUUGACUUAACCCAUAUAUGUCCAUUAGGUAUUGUCCAAACAGUCCUUCCAUUUCAGCCAGGCCUACCUGUUACUAUCUCCGAUCCAUCAGCUUCCUCCGAAGGCAAUGUGGUCACAAACACCAGCAUAACCAUCACGUUCGAGUCACCAAUCUGGCUUUGCCCUUCUUCGAAGAUAUGGGAAGUCGAUUCCUCCUCUCCGAUUUCCGGCAAUAUUUAUGUAACCACUGGUGGUAGUGCUAACAAUGGAAAUAGCUUAUUCAGGCUUCAGAAAUAUGGAAACGACGAAAACACUUACAAGCUCGUUCAUUACCAGAAUGACUCGGACACAAAAGGUAAGAGUAUUGGUGCCACUACCAGCUUUUAUGGUGCACCCAUACUUGUUCUUAAUGAUGCUGAAGAUGAUAAGAAUGCUUUUCCGAUUAAGUUCCGUGAGGUUGGAACAUCUGAGAAGAUUGCGUUUGAAAAAUCGAGUCUAAAGAUGUUCCCUUUCUUCUAAACUAUAGAGCCUUGAGACUCGAGUUAGGUUGUAAUAUGCAAUAAAUAAUGGGUUGUAAUCCCUUGUAAAAGUAAAAUAAAGCAAUAAAAUGGUUUAAGUUUUUUUUUCUUAAA